UUUAGUAUUCAGUGACAGCAAUCUUUUCAAGGCUACCGGUGCACCUUAAUUCUCGACCACUCUCUGGUCUCCCACUGAUCUCGCAAGCACUUUGAGCUCUCCCUCCAGCUCCCUUUUUGUUUCUCUGUUCAUCUCCUAAUCUUCUGUCUGCCUGUCAUCCGCUGCCAUCUCUCUCAGCAUGCAGCUUCUGGUGAUUUUAGCAUCUCUCAUGGGGGUUCUAUACUAUGUUAGAGCAGCCGCCGUGCUUCCUGCCGAAGAGAGGAGCCCACUACUAAAUAGGGAAUUGAGUAAAGAGCGCAAAGAGCUGAUUCUCAAGCUGGUGUCUGGCUUGUUAGAUGGUGCGUCGGACAACAACAUGUUACCCGGAGACAUGUCCCCUGUGGAUCUAGAAGACCCCCUUGAGUCUCGACUGGAGGAGAGAGCUGUAUAUAACAGGCUAUCACAGCUGCCGCAGCGUGACCGCAAAGCCCCCUGUAAAAACUUCUUUUGGAAAACCUUCACCUCCUGCUAACAGUAGCAACCAGUCAGCCACGCUAUGCUCCUGUUGACCACCAAACAACACAAUCUGACCCAGACCCAACAUUAACUGCGGUGGAACUGACCUGUACAUAUCCACCCAGUCAGAAGGGCACUCUCAAUAGACUUUAAGACACUGACAGUGUGUAUGUUUUGAUUGUUGAUCUAUGUCUCUAUUUAUGUAUGUAUUUAUUUAU